AUGCCUCCGAAUCGAGAUACUCCGGACACAGCAAGUCUCGUCGAGCUUUUCAAGUCAAUUGGUCUCACUCAGUCCAAGGCUGCUGAAGCAGCAAAAAGCUCAAAGAGUGCUGCGACAUUGAAGGAAAUUAUUGAGAUACAUGCAGUGACGGAGAAACGACUGGAGGAGAAGCAGGCCGUACUGCUUGCCAGUCUGGCGGUGCAAAGCUCGAAACUGGAGGCUGGAGAGAGAGGAUACGGAGUAGAUGCGAUUCUGGAUGGUCGGUUGAAGAGUACAGACCAGGUUUCUGCUGCGAUCAAGUAUCUCGAGACGCAUUCCCUUCCGAUUGAUGGCUUCGAGUUCGACAAGCAAUGCGGUGUAGGUUUUAGUGUUACUCCCGAGCAACUGUCUUCACAAGUUGCAUCGUACGUCACUUCAAGCGCCUCAGCGGGAUGGAACAACUUGGGCGCUGUCAUUGGGAGUCUGAAAGGCACGGAAUUGCGCUGGGCGAAUCCACUUGAGCUCAAGAACGCCGUGGAGCGGGCCUUUGCGGAGAAAUUUGGACCCAAAGAAGCGUCGAAACCCAAGGGCAAGGAAGCUAAGAAAGAUACGCUCGCAAAGACAGUGUCAGCCGGUGAACCAACCGCCACAACUGCAUCCACAUCCAAAUCUGUCUUCCUUGAAGGGUUCCUCGGGCGCCUGCACAAGCCGGGCGAGAAUCCGCAGAUCCAUCCACAUCUCCGUGAAAGACAUCUUGCUGCAACAGGUGGACUCGUAUAUACGCGUUUUCCCCCCGAGCCGAACGGUUUCUUACACAUUGGGCACUCGAAAGCCAUCUUGGUCAACUUCGGGUAUGCGGCGUACCAUGGCGGGAAAUGCUAUCUCAGAUAUGAUGAUACGAACCCUUCGGCAGAGGAGGGGCGAUACUUCGAGAGUAUCUUGCAGUCCGUGAGGUGGCUCGGCUUUGAGCCGUGGAAAAUCACGUAUUCGAGUGAUUACUUUGACGAGCUGUACGAGCUGGCCGUCGAGCUUAUCAGGAGAGAUAAGGCGUACGUAUGCCAUUGCUCUGGUGACGAAAUCUACGAGAAUAGAGGAGGUGACGAACGUGGUCCGCGGAAAGCAUGUGCGCAUCGCACAAGACCUGUCUCACACUCGCUAGGAGAAUUUAGGAGGAUGAAGCAUGGAAUAUAUCAGCCAGGCGAGGCCAUCCUCCGAAUGAAGCAGGACCUAGAGUCCGGAAACACCAUGAUGUGGGAUUUAGUUGCGUAUCGAGUGCUAAACGCUCCUCACCACCGCACGCACGACAAAUGGAAGAUCUAUCCAACAUAUGAUUUCACACACUGUCUGUGUGACAGCUUUGAGAACAUCUCGCAUUCACUAUGUACAACAGAAUUCAUUGCCUCGCGAGAGUCGUAUGACUGGCUUUGCGAUGCUCUGGAGGUAUAUAAGCCCCGCCAAUCCGAAUACGGCCGUUUGAAUGUUACGGGAACCAUAAUGUCGAAACGCAAGAUUCGACAACUCGUUCAGGAGAACUAUGUCCUGGAUUGGGACGACCCCCGUCUAUACACCCUCAUCGCACUCCGGCGACGAGGCGUACCUCCGGGUGCAAUCAUCUCUUUCGUCAGCUCUCUUGGUGUCUCCACAGCUGCUUCCAACAUCCAGGCUGUGCGCUUCGAACAGACAGUACGGCAGUACCUGGAGAGUACCGCACCGCGCCUGCUCAUGGUUUUGUGCCCGCUGAAAGUGACAAUCGAGAACCUCCCGGAGGAUUACCUCCUUUGGCUUGACAAGCCUCUGCACCCCAAGGUACCAGAGCUCGGAACCUCAAAGGUGCCGUUCACACGCACGAUCUACAUUGACGCAGAUGACUUCCGGCUGGAGGACUCAAAGGAUUACUUCAGACUCGCACCAGGGAAGACUGUCGGGCUUUUCCAGGCCCCGCAUCCCAUCACGUGCACGUCAUACAAGACUGACCCGGUCACAGGGCGGCCAGUCGAGCUCGUCUGCCGCGUGGAAGACUCCGGUGCGAAGAAGCCUAAAGCGUUCAUUCAGUGGGUCGCGGUGCACGCACCCUCGGGCAGCCCAGUGCGCGUCGACCAGACCCGCAUUUUCUACCAGCUGUUCAAGAGCGAGAAUCCAUCUGCGGCUGUGCCGGACUUUAAGGCAGACAUCAACCCGGACAGCCUCGAGAUCGUCGAGGGAGCGAUGGUGGAGGUGGGUUUCUGGGCACUUGCGAAGCGAGCGUAUGCCGACGCGCGCAAGGAGAGCACGGAGCGUACGGAGAAGGCGUUAAAGACGACCGCAGAGUCUGAUACGGUGCCAAGGUUUGACGAUGACACGCCGAAGGCCACCAGCGAGCAGCUGGUUGGCAAGGAGUGCAUUCGCUUCCAGGGCUUGCGUGUGGCGUACUUCGCUGCUGACAAGGACGCAAAGUUGGCGUGUCUGGAUGAGCCCGAUGACGUUGUGCCUAGCCGGAGGGAGGGUGACUUGGUCAUUCUCAAUCGCAUAGUUAGUCUGAAGGAGGACUCUGGGAAGACUGCAUGA